AAAAUUAUAAAAAAAUAUUUAAAUAGUAAAAAAUAUGUUAAUUUAACGUGUUAAAAUUUAAAAAUAAAUUUUAAUUAUGACAUGCAUUUAACAUUUAUAUAAAUAUAUAUCAUAGCCUAAAUAUAAAUAAUUUAACAACUUAAAUUAGAAAAAAAUAAAAAUCCCGGGCGUAGCCCGGGUUAAUCCCUAGUUAUUAGAAUAGUGGAGUUUAGUCAUAAAAUAAUAAUUAAGGAACUUUACUAUACAAAACCUUAUCAAACUCGAGUUAUUGGAGAAGAGUUGUGAGAUAGCAAAAACGUCGAAUCGAAUUAGGAAAAAGGAAAAAGGGAAAGAAAGGCAAAGCUGCAAGUUUGAACUAACAGAGAGGAAAUUAGGAAUUCUACCUAGGAAAAGGAAACGUCAAUAAUUAUUUUUCAUUUAAAUCUUUUUUAUUAAGGAUUGAUAUCGCAAAUCACAAUUAGGUCUGAGCCUAAUUAAUACAAUCUAGCGCCGCCUCUACAUAUUUAUAAAUAUAAGACGAGAGAGGAGAGGAACCCUAAACACGCCACUAGAGCGAUUCUCUUCUUUCUUUAAUAUCUCUAUGGUAGGAAUGCAAGCGAAACCAUCCUUUCGACAUGAAAUCGACCAUAAACCAGAUGCUGGAUUCUUUAAAUUCUACGCAACUGUCCUAGGGCUGGACACACUUAUCGGUCCUACACCAACUUUCUUUCGCGUAUGCGGAGUCAGUUACGACGCCAAGUGCUCCUACCGUUUUGACUUUCCAUCUCUGGUCAACUGGUUGUGUUCAGCAGGGCUCAAUCACGUAUAUGUUGGCUUUGCUAUCGAUCACCUCCAUAAAGCUUUAUCGGAAUUUGUUUCCUCUCCAGUAGUACGUGAUAGGUCAUUGUAUAUGACCUGUAAUGUCACUGAAGACGACUUAUUAGAUGAAUCCCUAAUUAGUGCCCCUCUUCCGACUGAAGAGGCCUCACACGUGAAGAACUUUAGGACUGAAGAACCCAUCCAUCAAUCCUCACUCGAUGAGAUCUCCAACAAUAUGCGCGAUUUAAGUUUAUCCUGGGGUAAUGAGUUUGACGAUGACCGCUACGUCGAUAUGAAAGACUACUUGUUAGAUGAAUACCUAAUUAGUACCCCUCUUCCGACUGAAGAGGCCUCACACGUGAAGAACUUUAGGACUGAAGAAUCCAUCCAUCAAUCCUCAUUCGAUGAGAUCUCCAACAAUAUGCCCGACUUAAAUUUAUUCUGGGAAUAUGAGUUUGACGACGACCGCUACGUCGAUAUGAAAGACUACUUAUUAGAUGAAUACCUAAUUAGUACCCCUCUUCCGACUGAAGAGGCCUCACACGUGAAGAACUUUAGGACUGAAGAAUCCAUCCAUCAAUCCUCAUUCGAUGAGAUCUCCAACAAUAUGCCCGACUUAAAUUUAUCCUGGGGAUAUGAGUUUGACGACGACCGCUACGUCGAUAUGAACAAUUACUAUGCUGAAGACGACUUAUUAGAUGAAUCCCUAACUAAUGCCUCGCUUCCAAGCCUCACAGGUGAAGAUCUUUAGGACUGAAGAAUCCAUCCAUCCAUCAAUCCUCAGUCGAUAUGAACAAUUACUUUGUGGAGCCUUAGAAUUUGUUUACUAGAGUGGUGUUUUCAACGACGUUUUUUUUUUAUUCUAUCUUUUUAAACUAUAUAACAAUUUGCUUUCUCUCUCUUUUUUUCUUUUUAUACAUAUAGAUAUAUAAUAGAAUAUAUGCUGUUAGUAUAAUAAAACUUUUCCCUUGUGGAGAUUGUAGUGAUUAUAGAAGACUUCCUAAAUAUGUAUGUAACUAGGGCUGCAAUGGGUUUUAAGUUUUAACAUGAAUAGGAUGAAUUCCGAAAAAUGGAAUACAAAACAAAUGAAGGGUGGCAUUUUAAAUAAAGAAAUGAAUGGAAUUGUGAAAGUAUUUAAGUAGCAAACGGACAUGUACCAUCCGUUUAUGUAUUUGUUUUCCCAAAAUCAAUCAAUCAAUCAUCAAAGCAGUUCGUUUCAGAUAAUUGAAGAAGCAGUUAGGUGAUUAACGACAUUGAUUGUGUUGAUAAUAGCAACUUUCGUUUUUCCAUUAAUAAUUUUUCUGCUCUAAAAAAUAGCUAAAAAGAUCUGUUUCUUUUAAUAUUAAGAAGUGACUUGAAAAAUCAUUGUUUUAAAUAUAUGUUUUGGGAGGGGAGGGUAAAAUUACAUAGCUAGAUUACAUGUUUGAAUUACCGAAGUCAAAUCCGCUUGUACACAACAGACCUAUGUGGCAAAUUUUACGCAAACUUAAAUAGAUUAAUGUACUAUACAAAACAUCAAAGCAGUGAACCAAGUUUAUUUUUAUUUUUAACGUGAUAAGGGCAUAGCAUAAGUUUAUUAUCCUUUAUUUUAAAGCUUAAAUUUAUUAUCUUUUAUUUCAAAAACUUACAACAUAUAUAGUGGUAGUUAUAUGGUAAUAUUUUUAGUGGAUGAUAUAGAGGCCUCUAAAUAAGCUAUAUAUAUAUAUAUAUUUUUUUUUUUGUAAGAAAUACAUUUGGUAUAUUAAAAAAAUGAUUUGAGGAAUAGAAAUUCGGUAAAAUCUACAAAACUUGCAAAAGAACUACUUUUGGUUUAGAUUAAAGGGAAAAUGUUAAUAAAACAUGUGCCCAUCAGAUCUAAUAAGUUAAAAAAAAAAGGAUAAUAAGUUAUUUUAUUUGGAUUUUCACGUCCAAAAUCAGGUCGAAAAACAAAAUUAUAAAUUAUAAAUAUAAAUGGGCAAAGUGUUCAAAAAAAAAAAAUUAUAAAUAACCGUUUCUCUCCCUCUCCCUCUCCCUCUCCCUCUCCCGCUCUCUCGUAGAACCCACACUCCUCUCUCUCUCUGGAAAGUUUGCGUUUGCAGAGAAGAACCGAGUCUAAUCAGGAUGUCAAGAAAGCCAUCGGACUUCGAGAUGGUAACAGGAUCGCCGGCCCUGGGCUCUGCCUACUACAUACCGCAGGGACACGCCCAGUAUUGUAAUACUUCGGAGGAUACAGUGUCAGUGUGUCGUUACAUGCCUCCUUACCUCUGCAACGUAGCAUAUAAGAACUGUUUUGGAGACAAUACCACUGACGAACUCUUCACAACGGUCUGCCUCAGUCCUUGUACAACACAUCAAAACAAUUUUACUGACCACUCUCCUCAUGGUUUCUUCCGACUGUCCAAGCUUCUUGAGCCACCAAACUUGACAGAGAUGUGUUUUCCAGCUGCGUUGGUCCCACCCCGUUCAGACAUACUUAGGCUGUCAGAUGUUGAGAGGAAAGAGUGGCAGAUGAAGCUUGUGUUUGAUGUUGAGACUGGAGAGUACACGGUAGGAGAGGAAUGGGCUUCCUUUGUUCGAGCAAAAGAUCUGAGGGCAGGAGAUACGGUUGUGUUUGUGAGUGUAUUGGGAUCGGCUAUCACACUCUUUGCGACAUCAAGAGCUCAUUCCCAGAGCAAGGUGCGCCACAGCAUCAACCUCGAUGCCUUUUCCAAGGCCAUAGGCGGUCUAAUGCAGUCAAAGCCUGUGGAGUUAACCUACUCCCCAAUGGAUCCACAUUCAGACUUCUUGGUCUCUCCAAGGGUUUAUCGUGACAGUCUUCUCGUGGUCUGGAUGCGCGGUAUGAGAGUGAAGAAGGUGCGAGAAUAUGAUGACGACCACCAUGUAGGGACAAUCACUUCCACCACCUUCGGCAACAGUGAUGUGCAUGGCGUGAUGAGAAGUCUCUGGCGCUGUCAUACAGUUGUUUGGGAUGCGCCUUACGGGUUUGACAGGAUACACUUCUCUCCUUGGGAACUUACUCCAUCUCAGGAGCAGCCACAGCCACAGCCCCAGCCACCACGCACCCUUCACCUCUUUCCCUGAUAUGACUGCCACUUAAAGAGAAAAAAGAAAAGCAUCAUAGGUUGUGCACAAGUCGUGAAGCAGAGAAGAAGAAGACUAGUUAGUAGUUACAGUUUACAAAGCUUUUACUUGAUAAUAACAAUACAUAGACAUAUUGUGAGUGGGCCUACAGUAUAUAAAGGACCCAUAUAACAUUUUAGUAAACAGCUUUUUUUAGGACUUUUAUUGUCUGGGAGAUUCAAGUGGGGGACUGAGUUUGUUUCAUUGGUUAUCGAUAAUACAACACUGACAUCUAAAGUAGUAGAGAUAUACAUACCUGGCUAGUAACAGCCUUGGACAUCCUUGGGACUUCCUUCUUCAGGAUAGACUUGUUUACAGACACCUUGGGCUUCUUCUUCUUCUUGGUCUUUGGUCCAAUACCAAAAAUGUAUAUGCUUUUAAGCUUACCAUAUAUGUUAAAUAAACGGAUUACAAUGAUUAGGUAAAUAGACACCAUAUGCAAUCACGUUAUAACAAAUAGAAAAAAAUAAUAAUAUAAACAACCUAUUAACACAAUAACUUAGUAUACAAACUAUCUUAAACUGAAUAUCA